AUGCUGCGCGUCCUGCAGCGCGAGUUGCAGAACGUGCAGGUGAACCAGAAGGUGGUCCUGUUCGAGGCGCACAUCCAGGCGCAGAGCUCCGCCAUGCCCGCGCCCCGCAGCUCGCGCCUGGGCCGGGCGCGUUCGCCCUCCCCGAGCCCCUUCCGCAGCAGCAGCCCCCCGGGCAGGGCCCUGGCUCAGAGCGUGGGACGGAGGACCAAGUCCUGUGGGGAGCGGUGUCCAGAGACCUCGGAGGCCGACCCCGCCAGGAGCGCCCCGGCGCCCAGCCCAAGCCUCUCCAAGGACCAGGAGGGAGUGGCACCUCUGCCCUGCCCGGCCUCCCCGUCGGGCUCCGGGGCUCAGGGCGCAGCCCCUUCGGUGAGAAUGGAGGAGGGGGUCCCUGCCCGCCCCCCCUGUGGCUCACCGGCCGCGAUGGAGAUUGACAAGAGGGUCUCCGCUCUGGAAACUCCGAGCUGCCAAGCUCCCUCGUUGGGCCAGGUCGGAGCGAACUCCGUGGUGGCUGCAGAAGUGGCAGCGAGAGCCACGUCCCCUGGGCCGCACCACCCGCAGGACCCUGCCCUCUCGGAGCUGCCGGAGAAGCCCCGGGGUGCGCAUCCCCCGUCACCCCCCGCCGCCCUGGUGGAGGGUAAGGGGCUGGCGCUGGGCAGUGAGACGAGCCCAGCCCCAGAGAGCGUGGGGCCCGGCGGUGGAGAGCCCCCUGGGACGGCGGGGAAAGGCCGUCCGCCCUGUGGCCAGCCAGGCUCCGGGCAUCCCGAAGCGGGCGCCAGGCCGGAGGAGAGGACUGUGGACGCGCAAAGCGCAGUGGACGUGGGCUUGGUAGAGCCCGGGGUGACCCAGGGUGGGGCCCCAGCGGCCCGGGAGCCUCUGCAAUGCUCCAGCCGAGUGGAUGAAGGGUCCCCACCGCUGGGCUUGCUUGGGGGCAGCCGCUCCGCACAGCCAGGCGCGGAGGAGGCGGAGGCGGGAAUUCCCGCUGGCGGAAUGCUGGAACCUUUGCCCUGUUGGGAAGCAGCAGAAGAUGUGAAAGACCCUCAGUGCCUCCCUGCGGACGGGGUGGGCGUGCAGCCCGGGAGCUCCAAGGCUUGGCUGAGCCCCAUGGAGGAAGCCUGCCUGGCCUGGACGUGCAGCCUGGGGGUACCAGCCCAGGGGACUUGGGGAAGCCCCCCGAAAGACAGAGCCACCCACUCCGGCCCAGAGCUGCUCUCCCCGGAGCAGGAGGACAAGCCUUUGCUGCGGGAGGCCUGCAGCCCCGGCAAUAUCCCCGCCGUCAUCAUUACAGACAUGGGUGCCCAGGAGGAUGGGGUGUUGGAGGAGGCCCAGGGCAGCCCGCUGGGCAUCCUGCCCCUGAGGAAGCUGUCCUCUUCCUCGGCCUCCUCCGCCGGCUUCUCCUCCUCCUACGAGGACUCGGAGGAGGACAUCUCCAGCGACCCCGAGCGCUGCCUGGACCCCAGCGCCGCCGCCUUCCUGCACACCCUGGACCAGCAGAAGCCCAGAGUGACGGUGAACACGUUGCCAGGGGAGACCUUGUGUUUCGCUUAUGUGGCUCCCCAGGCCUACACUGUGUGGAAACGGUAGCAGCUGCCCGGUGAGGGCUCGUCAGCCUUACCGUGAACACAAACGUGAGACAAAGGCCAGGCCCCAGCAGGGCUUUUCCGCAGUGACCCGAGCGGCAGGACGCCCGGGGUGCACGCAGGCCCCGAGGGACCGCUGAAGGGAGCGUGACUUAGUUGGGUGGGUACGUUCUGACUUGUUUGAAACACAAGAACCCAGUACCGGCCUCAUUACUUGUUGGUCAUCACCUUGUCUGUACGUGGAGUGCUUUUCAAAGAUUAUUCGUUGGAACUUUACAAACAGGCCAGUUGUCCGAUGUCUUGGCAAGAAAAGCUCUCCCAGUGGCUUCAGGCGUUUUCACAAAGCGAAGUGCUCUCCUUGGAGAGCUGUUUUGAUCAGAGUCUCCGAGGGCCCGAGGGGGGCGGGGAACUGACUCAGCCCCGUCCUGACCGAGUCCAGACACCAGUGAAGUGGGGGGGCUUGUGUGCUGGGGGAAAUUGAAUGGUUGGUGAUGGGAA